AUGCCAGCUAUCAAGAGAAAAAGUACAGAGGUCAGUAUGGCAAAGAAACCAAGUCUUCGACGGGACAACACUCUGACUCUAGAAUCAUCAGACGACUCGUCCCCUCUUAGUUCCUCGAGGUCCGUGAGACGCAGUACCUCAAAAUUAUCCUCAUCUGUCUCCACACUUAAACGGAAAGCGACGCUGGUAUCCGAAGGAUCCGGAAUCUAUUCAUCCGUAGUCGCUCUUAAUUCUGGCUCCAGUGUCGGUAAAACAGCGAGUUUGAAAUCAGCUUCCGUUGGAAAGGGUUGCGAUGUCAUACCUGUUUCCCCUUCGCUUUCUAAAAAAGCAAGUGGAAGUAAAACAUCAGCAGCAGUUGAUACAUUACGUAAGUCUGUUUCUGAGUUAAAAGAUCUAAUGGAGACCACUUCAUCAGUGAAGAGUUCCUUGUCGAAGAGAAAAUCAUCUCUUGUGAAAGAACCAUCUCUGACGAAAACAUCACUUUCCAAACGGAAGUCCAGUAUCCCUGAUGUGAAUACCAGUAGCAAUUCCACCACAACUCCACCACUACCACCCGGUGGUCUCCUAGAGAUCGCCAUUUCAUUUGAUACCACUGGAUCUAUGUACGGCUGUCUAGAGGAAGUUCGUGGAAGAAUCAAAGACAUGGUUCAACGACUUCAGGCCGAUAUUCCAGGAAUCAGAAUAGCAAUUAUUGCACACGGAGACUAUUGUGAUGUGGAUAAUUACAUUGUGAAAUGGAUUGAUUUCGGGGCAACUGUUCCAGAGCUAUGCGAGUUCGUGGAAACAGUUUCGCGCACCUGCGGUGGAGAUGCGGACGAAUGUUACGAACUCGUGCUUCGAAGGGCAAGGGAGGUAUUAUCAUGGACACCAGGAAGCCAACGCUCUCUAGUUGUAAUAGGGGAUUGUGCACCUCAUGAAGUUGGGUAUUCAUAUAACGGUUUUGUGAACGACAUAGAUUGGCGUGUGGAGGCUCAAGAACUAAACAAAAUGGGUGUCAAGAUAUACAGUGUUUGUGUCAACGCCAUACCGCUACUUUUUUAUAAUGUGAUAGCAAAUAAGACAGGUGGAAAAACAAUCCCUCUUGCUAGUUUCGGAAUUCUGUUUGACAUUCUGAUGUCUAUUUGUUACAAGGAAGGAGGACCAGACUUGUUUGAGGCUUAUGAAGCAGAAGUGAGGGAAAGAAACAAACACAAGACAAUGGACACAGCGCUUGAGGGAAUGUUUACCUCUCUCGGGGGUAAGAAAAGUAGCUUCGGAUUAGCCCCAGCAUCACACAUAGGGACCGGACUGCCAGCAUUCAAACCAUUGACUCUUCCAACGGGAACGGCUGGAAUGUUUUCACUGGGAAAACCAACGACCCAUAAGAUAAAAACUGCCAAGAAAAAUAAAACUACAAAGAAACAAACUAAAAUUACAAAAAAGACAAAGUCUGGAGGACGAUUCAACAGGGAAAGUCUUACACACGCGAAAUUUACAAAAGGACCUCUGAAGCGACUGGUAUGGUCAAAAUGGAUGUUGGGGAUUUCCAAAACCCAGUUUGCGAAAGCUGACGGACAUGACAUCAGCUUCACUCACCGCGAUUGGUGUGACGCCUUUUGUAACAAAGGUAUACUUACAGCGGACGAUGUGAAUGGCAUUCCUGCAGUGUAUGAGUUUGCUGUUCGUUUGUCUGGAAAGAAGAAACUGUACCCAGUGUUCUACAAGGUAACCACAGGUACCCAAGGGCAGUAAUUGGUUAAACUAUCUCCUCUCACAGAAAAGGGUUCGCAACGUCAUCAAAGAUGUGGUGAAUACUCACGCUGA